GGGCAAGUUGUUGAGAGGUGGGGACGUCUUGGCUUCUCUCUUUGCCGCUUCUACACGGCUGUUCAUCUCCCUAUUUUUUUCUCUAUCGAUCUCUUCCGUCUCUUCUCGCGCGGAUGGAUCCGAUCAGGUAAGAGUCGUGCCGGGUGCAGAUCUUUUCGUCUGUGACUUUCUUUUUUCGGGUUUUUUUGGGGGGGUCUUUGAGUUGUUUCGGAGAAGUUUGUGGGGGAGAUCUGCAUGGAACAAAGACAGCGGAGGAGGACGGGCGGAUCGAGCAUGAGCAGUUUCUUCCCUGGGAAGGUUUGGGGUUCUUUUUGGGUUUAGUAAACGGCUCGGAUGCACUGGAUGCUGUAUUGGCGUGAGAUUCAAAAUAAUCCGUACCUAAGCCGAAGAGAAAUUUGUUAUGGUUCAAGCGAUUGGCUGGGAAUCUACGCCGGAUCUGUUGGUCUUACGAUUUCAUCUUUUUGAAAGUUGAGUUGAGAAAAGCAAUGAUCUGAUAGUCUUUUAAGGCAGAAGGGGAAUCGGCAGCUUUGGUGGCCGUUGCAAGAGCUCUAUGAUGGUUCUUGUGUAAGCUUUCAACAAGUUCAUAAUUCUAAUUAGCUAAAUGGAAAGAAGAUCGGGUUCAUAUUUUUAUUUCGCCUUCUUCUCAUGGUGUUAUUGUUGCUACUGUUUAAGUAGCUAGCUGUUGAGGAAUCGUGCCGAGGAAGCUAUGUCUGGCCUUCUUUUUGCUAUACCUUAUUGGUUAAAUCUAGAGGACAAUAAAACUUCAUUUGACAAGUCAAGGAAUCUUAAAUAAUUUGGGCCCUGGGUUUUGGUCCCAUGAAUACAAGAUUUUUGGCAGGAACAUAAGUCACUGUUGUUGGUCAGGAAAAAUGAAAGUCAUGAUACUCCUGACCUAUGUGGAACGUGAAAUUUGGAUUGUGAUCUUGUUCAUUUUUUUUCCAGAAUCGACACGUAUUUUAAGGAAUGGUUUUUCAGCAUCAUGAACUUUUGGGCAGAUGUUACAAAAUUUACUAAUUGACAGUUGACAUUCAUUUAAAUGGAUCGUGUUAUCUUGACGGACUAUAAGGUUAUUGGUUGUUUUGACAGGCAUAACUUUUUUGUGUAACUGAGUAAUGGAUAUUUGUGCCUUUGGUAGAUCUGAUAAUGUACAGAAAUUAUGGAUUAAUACUGGUUUGUUGAACCACUUAUCACAUGAAACUGUUUGUUUUUUAUUUAUAUAAAUCUAAUUUAGUGGUGAAGCAAUAUGCGCUAUUUUAUGGAGGGUAACAAUUUGGAUACUGAGUCCUGUUCCACAUCUUAGCUUGUAUGCAUUAGUUUGAGAGAGUAGCAGGUGAAUUUCCUGAUCAUCUUGACGACAAGUGUUCCGUUCUUGCUCUCAUCGAGUAUCCCAGCUUUUGUCCACAGGGUUGCAUAAGGAGUGGAAAACGAGUUCUGCAUUAAAUUAGGCUCCAGAUAUCAGCACUAGUAAGUUUGUGUCCUUGUGUAAUGCCUUUUCUGGGUAAGUGGUUAUAACAGGUAACUAGGCAAUUGCAGGAGAGGCAUGGGGAAGAUCAGGUUUUAAAGACUAUAUCAUAAUUCCUUUGUUCAGAAUCUGGAUUGAAACUGUCUUCUGCCUGGAAAGCAUUUGAGUGGCUUUUACUUGUUGCUAUAGAUCUAUGUAAAACUAUGUGCAUAAGAUUUAAAGUGGUUAUUGGACUGAGAUGAGAAACUAUAUGCUUUGCCGGACCAGUAAAUUCCAGUUGGGACAAUAUUUGAAACCAUGGUUCUAUUGUUCCUCAUUUUAUCUUCUUUCGGACUUCGGAGCUUCGUCCAAUUAUUCACCCAAAGAAAAUAUUUUUUAUUAUAUCUUUUCUAGUAGUUUCACCUUUACAUUCUUAUCCGGCUAUACUGAUUUUUCAUAAAUGUUGUUCUUAACCGUUCAAUAUCGUGUUUCAUGGAGCAUAAGUUGUCUAAAAGCUAUCUUAUUAAAACUUUCUUUUAAUUUAAAGAGCACAUGAUGAUCAUGCAACACUCUUGAUUUAUUUUCCCACCUUAUCAUCAAUUUCUCCUUUUAAAUCCAAGAUUCCUAAACUUUUUAGUUAUAGAAACUUAGUUUUUAUUCAUCUUAAUAGGACCAUCCAUUUAUUUUUAGUAUUACUAAAAUUACAAAUCAUCAUUGUAUAGUUAUUUGGUACAAUAAUUCUGUUGAAGCUGAUUAUAUUGUAGUGGCAUCAUUGAAAUGACAUUAAAUGACAUCAUUUGUCUAUAUUUCUCUUGUCAGCUUUGGCUUCAUCACUGUAUCUAAUACUUAUCUGCUCAUGUUUGUGUACUCUUUUAGGGUUGGUGGUGGUGCACCUUCACAUUCUGAUAAUAGAUUAGUUGAUACUGCAUCAGCAUAGAUCAUUCUAUGUUUCACUCCGUUUAAGAGAAUUAAGAUAGGUUAUCUCUUGGUCAGCCAUAAUCUUAGCAAAUGCAGCUACAUAAAGAGUUUGAAACUGACCAUUCAGAUCAUCACUCUGGUGAGUCUAUUUCAGGUAUGCCAAUAAAAAAAAGGCUGUUUCAUUUGUCACAGUGCUCAUCUUCUCUGUCCCAAGAAACAUGUACAAUGCCCCAUAAUUGUCGGGGGCAACCUAAAAAGUUCUUUCUCGAAGAAGAAUCUUCUGUUUCAGAGAAUGGUGCUGCUCUAGCACUAGACACCAAUACCAUUCCUAAAGACUUCCUAAAGUCUUCCUCCACAUUAUCUGGUCAGAAAUCUUAUUUUUAUGGUCCUAACAUGUCAAUGUUUCAUUCAAGUGCUGUCCAAGCUGAUCAUGAGAACAUGGAACUCAAGAAAGCCACAAGUACUUUCAAGGGAUCGAAUAUGGUGGAAGAUCCGAACAUAGAUAACAGAUCAUCCCUUAGCUUGAGUAUGGAAAAAGGAAAACAAUUAGCACAACUCGGUAUAUCUGAAAUGGUUAUAGGUGAUAGGCAUAUUGAAGGGAAAAUUGCUUCAAGUGAUGUGCUUGCAUUUAGAGGCAUUGAAACAACAUCCAAUAUGCGUUUAACAUCAUGUAAUGAUAAGAAAUAUCAUGGUUACAACUCAUUGGAGCGAGAGAAAGUUGAAAUGUGUUCAAUGGAUCUGCCUCCGGUCAAGGGGUCGCAACAUCUGAAUCCAACCAUGUACAAUGACUUGGAUCCAAAAUAUGGUUCUGCUCAUCACUGUGUGAACAGAGUAAAUUGGGAUUUGAAUGUUCCGAUGGAAGUAUGGGAUGCCAGCAUAAAUGAUUCAAUUAUAGAACACGACAUCAAUAACAGGCUAAAUCAGAGGGCCAUGCACCAGCAAAUCAUUGACAGAUGCCUUUUCCAAACUACUCUAGGGACCAUUGGGAGUGAUUUGACAUUAGGAACAUCUAUGGUUGAGAAAAAUCAUUGCAGCCCCAGAUUGACAGAUCUGGGAAUGCCUGCUGAUGACAAUAGAGAGUAUGAAGGUGGCUUGGAAUUGCAGCUUAGACCACCUAGCCGGCCGGAGUUACGAAUUAAAUGGGGAAAGAUAGUGCCUCCCGAUCUAAGUCUGUCGUUGACUGGGAAUCUUUCAGAUGCAUCUUGUAGAGUUGUGAAACCUGAACCAUGUGAGGACAACAGUCAUAAAGAAACUGAAAAUUUUCAACUUAGUAGUCUAAAACCAGUGGGUAUUAGCCUUGUGAAAUCUGAACCAUGUGAUGAAAGUUCUCAGGGUGAAGCUUCCAGUGUAGCUGUUCCCUUUGAUCAGGAACCUUCAGCAGGCAGAAUGAGGAAAUCAGAAGCACCUCAGGAACUUGAGGGAAAGUCAUCAAAUCUGGAGUUGGAGAGUCAUCAAUUAACAUCGUGUUGUACAACUACAGACAUCCCAUUAAGUAAGGUUAAAGCUGUGGUUUUGAACUCUAAUGUUGUGCUUCAUGAUGGUAGCCCAGUUAUCCCUGAUAAUUUAAAGAUAAAAUCAGGUGAAAGCACUUGUCUAGCCUUAGACUGCACCACAGUAUCAGGUGCUAGUAUGCCUUGUAAAGCUGAGGUUAUGCUUACAGACACUUGCACUCACCAUGAUUCACAAAAAAGUACUGUUAAACCAUUGGAUAUGGUUGUAGACUCUGUCGUUUCUGAUGCAAAAGGAUUUAUUACAAAUGAAACAGAAAUUUCUGAAACUGCUGAGGUAGCUUCUACAAUGCAUCAUGAAUCUCUGGUUUCUGAUCUUGAAGAACCCAUGGCUUGUGAUGGUAUGUCCGAAGGUAGUGCUGAAAUGGACUUCUCAGGUGGUGAAUAUUAUACUUCACCGAAAGUAGUUGCUAGAGAUGAUCUUCAUGUUAGUGACAAAAGUGGUGUAUCAAGUGGUGGAGACCACGACAGCAUGGACUUGCCUGCUGAGAUUCAGACAGAGCAGCCUAAUGACGAUGACCUACAGUUGGAUGCUUCUAAUUGUCUAAGGUGUUCAAGAGAUGAGAUCAGUAGAUCUGAAGGUGGUGAUCUUGAGGACAAAGGUGCUGAUCUUAGAGAUCCUGUGCCACAAUGUGCAAAUGAGGUUUCAUGUGCCCAUGAUGAGAAAAGAGUACAUGGAUAUAUGUCACAUUGUGCCAAUGAGGUUCCAUGCAAGAAUGUAAAGGAGGUACAGGGAGAUGUUGCUACAGCCUUGUUUAGUUCAAACAGUGUUCCCAUCAUGGUGGAAGUACAUUUGGAUAAAAAAGGAAAACAAAUAGUUUCUCAGGAGGCAAGGAGUGGUCAUAGUGCCAAAGAUAUUGAUGGGAAUAUGAAAGAUGAUAAAAAGCAGACAAGUUGUGACUUGACAACAGAUGUGUAUGAAUUAUCAGUCACUAGAGUGCUAAGGGCAUCUUCUAGUAAGAGGCUUACAAAACCUUGUCAUGGAGUAAUAGAGAUGCGCCUUGGAAAGGACAAGGUCUCAGAGAUGAAGUCAAAUUCCUUCGAUGCGAUUGCAAAAACCAAUCGGGAUAACUUGGGCAAAUCGCAGAUUAGCGGUAGGCAUAACCACAUUAAGAAUGCCGAUGCUAGCUGUAAGAAUAGACAGAUUGAAAAGGUAAGUUCACCUACUAUUAAGUCAUUUGGCCAGAGGAGGCCUAUUUCUGCUUGGACAGUUCCAUCAGGGACUGAGGAGAGAGUGAUUAUUAAGCAGAGGCAAGACAGAUUGUAUUCUGAAGGGAGAAGGCCUUCAAAAGUUGAAAGUAGGAAGAAUCAAGGACAGCGUAUUGAUAAAUGUGAUUCUAACUACAAAAGCACCAGAAGGCAUGGCAACCAGUAUUUUGAUCGGGAUUCUGACACCCAGUAUGCACCAGAACUUAAUAAUCCAGGGAAGCACCAUCUCCCGAAGCUGAGUAAACGGUUGGAAAUUCCAUUUGGCUCUGUUGGGAAUGCUGGUAGAUUAUUGAGAAAGCCAAUAAAUGAUCAGCCAAAUAAUUCAUCUCGUUUUCCAUCUUGGAGGCAGUUGCCAGGGCACCAAGAGGUACCAUCAUUGCUGGGUGCCCGAAGUGCUGGAUUCCCAGCAAAGAACACUAUGUCAAACAGGUUCAUUGGGAGAAAAAUCCAUGAUGACACUCUACUGGCUCACGAGGACAAUAUGAUUGGGAAUUUACCUGGUGAAAUGAUAGAUAAAGUAUUGUAUUCACACCCGAACCUGCAAUAUGAGCCAACUGAGAAUGAUCUCAUGACAAGGGGAAGGAGCCUUUCACCUCUCCGGAGGAGACUCCAUCCAGUACAGUACUAUCGAGCACACUCACCUCGUAUGUGGCCUUCACCUGGAAGAUCACCUGAAAUGGUAGUUGAUAGACAUCAAGAGCUAAUAAGACAUGGUCCAUCACCCGUUGUCAGGUUUGGUAUGUCGAGAUCACCCCAUCCACAACCUUGUUUUCCUGAAGAUGGAAUAGUCAGAAGGAAUGUUUCGCCUCCUUAUCCUCAGUUUCCUGCUGACAUGAGAGACAUGCUUCCUGUUGAUGAUCUUAACUUUCACAGGCCUGGUGGGGUUCUUCAGAGGAAUUUAAGGAGGUUUGACAUGAUGCCACAUGAUACUGUUGAGGACUACCUUGGACCUCCAGACUUUGCUGAUCAUUUUGAUCGAAGGGAUUAUUAUGAUAGGCGUGAACUUGUUCAACCUUUGUAUCCAGGUUGUGAUCCUGGUGACAUUGGAAAGGAUGCUCUUCCUUAUGAUGAUGGUUGUCAUAGGCCUAUCAGGUUUUGCCCAGUGGGUGAAGUGAUUCCUGCUAGGGGCAGCUCAAGGGACUUCGACAGUCACAUAAGGAACCGACUUGGAAAUGCUACUAACAUAUUACGAACACAGGAGCAGGGUGAAGAUUACAGAUAUCAUAGAAAACAAGGAUGGCAUGAAGGUGGUUUCAAUGAUAUGAGGCCUAAAAGGAGAAAGUUCUAAUAGUGUGGGUUGUUUUCAGGGUAUUAGCAUGUAUGCCAAGAAAACUGGUUGCCAGCUCUUCGGCUUGACUUCCCUCUUUUAUGGUGGCCCAGAUUUGGUCCUUCAUGGAGAAUGGUGCGAAUAGAAGGCGAUCAGCAUGACUCAGUUGGUAAGUUAUUGAUGCUCAUUUAUCAGCAUGAGCAAGUUUGGGUAUUAAAGCCAUCAUCCUAAUUCUUCUUGGUGGACUAAUAUGUUGCACCAACGUGGUUGGCAUUACUGCAAAAAUAAAAGAAAAAUAUUGGUUGGUACCAAGGAAAAAUAUAUGUCGAGACAUGGCAUAGCAGUAUUAUCGUAUCCUUUUCAAGGAACUUGGCAGGGAAAUAUACUUGAGCUCUUUUGCUUCAUUGCCAAAGAUUAAUGGUCAGAAGAUGAGCGAAAAUGAAUCACUGUCUUUUGACUCGGUAUAUUAUAUCUUGCAUACAUCUACAGAAUCCUAAUUUUUCUUUAAUCUACUUGAGUCGCACAAUUAAGGCUUGUAACAAUCAUUUGGAUUAUCCAAAAGAGAUGUUUUAGCUGAUUUGGAUUAACCUCAAGAGGAGGAAAAGAGGAAUAGAGCAGAUAGUUUUCUGUUUGACUUGGCACCUGCAACAUAUGUAUAUAUCUGGAUUUUAAUAUAAUAAAUUCAUGCCACAUAAUCAAUCAUGCAUAA